AUGGGUUCAUGUUAAGGUUCUACAGUGGAUCUACAACAGGAUCUGAGAAUGAGAGAAGUCAUGACCAAGUUUUAAGUUCCCAUGCCCUACAUCGAUGAGUAUUAAAUAUUCUAGACUUUGAAAUAGGUUGAAAUCAUUUAGCAUAACAGCAUCCCCCAUUUCGAUCUCAUUUAUUCAAAAAUGGGCGAUUCAUCAGAUAAAAUGAAGAAUCUAGUCAAAAAAUGGAGGAUGAAAUACCAAUAGCAUAAUCAUCCAAAUUUAUUGUCAAUUCACAAUGUUUCUAUUCUUGAUUCUAUGAAAUUAUUUAUACCAUACACUGACAUUAUACUCCUAAUUGACAAGCCACUCCAACCAUUAACAAGGCAUAAGAAAGUUAUAAUGAAAUAGCCAUUUUCACAGGAUGAGAUACUGUUCCUAUUAGAUUGUGUUGUCUCUGGUCUAGCAUUUUAAUAGCAAAACAAAAUAUAUCCAUCUGGAUUCGACAUCGAUGACAUUAUCACUGUCAAGACUCCAUUUAACACUGAAAUUUACAAAUUAGUAGACAGGUACUAAAAACCUAUCCGCUCCAAUUUAUUUUAGGAUUUCAUUUAGCUCUACGAUGAUAAAUAAACACUCAACGAGUUAAAAAAAACAGCAUUCUUUUCACCUGCUCAGAUCGAAGCUAUUCCCAAAAAAGACAAGUAUCUUAAACACAAUAGAUAUAAAUCAGAUGUAUUCAACUUUGCACUUAUAAUGAUUUAUUUAAUAUAAGCCAAACAUCCAGAAAUAUUUGAUUGGAAGAAAUGGACUAUCGAUGAUUUUGCUUUAAGAAAAACCUUAGAUGAUCUUCAAAUGACAAAUUUUGAUGAAAAUUUAUUACACAUUAUAGAAAUUAUGUUGAUAAUUGAAGAAGAUUAAAGACCUGAUUUUUUGGAAUUAGAUGAGAUGGUCAGUAAAUUAUUUUCAGAUCUCUAAAUGUAGCGUUUGUAAGAAAAAUAUUAAAUGCAAGAUUUUUUUAUUAUACCAAUUGAUAAACCAUCUGAUUAUAAUAAUUAGAUUCUUAUUGAUAAUAUUUAUCAAUACAAAUAGCAACAAUAAUAAAUGGUGUCCUAAACUAUAUCUUAACAUUAAAGAAACGAUUCUUAAAAAGUAAAAUAAAUCGACUAAAGCUAAGCAUCUAUUAAACCUUAAAAAAAUGAAAUUAAUAACUCAUUUGAUAAUAAUAUAGUUGUAACAUAAGGGAAAUUACAUUAUUCAAAUGGGUUUUAUUAUGUAGGCUAAAUUUGCAACAGAAGAAGACAUGGUUUUGGAGUUUACUAUAGUUCGGACAACCAGAAGGUUACUGAAGGCACUUGGAUUUUCGACAUUCCUGAAGGAGAUGUGAUACUUUAUAAUCAACCAGAGGAAGAGAAGGAGAGGAGUCACAAAAAUAUGUCCAGAAAAGAUUGGGUCCAGUAUAAAGGGCAAAUGAAACAAGGUCAAAAACAUGGCAUUGGAGUUCUCUACUUUUCUGACGGAUCUAAAUAUAUGGGCAACUUCUCUUUUGAUUAAGCACAUGGGAAGGGCCAGUUCGAAUAUUAGAAUAAAGAAUAAAUUAUCGGAACUUGGUAACAUGAUAUAUACAAUGGUUGA